GCAUAAACUAUAUUACAUACCUACACGGAGGAAGUAGUUCAGAGAGAUGGGAGAGAUUGGGGCAUUUUGGUCAGGGUUGAAGAGGGUGAAGCCAUACUUGGCAAUGGUGUCGUUGCAAUUCGGCUACGCCGGGAUGUACAUAAUCACCCUCGUCUCUCUCAACCACGGCAUGAACCACUACGUCUUGGCCGUGUACCGCCACGUCGUCGCUACCCUCGUCAUCGCGCCUUUCGCCUUUGUCCUCGAAAGGAAAAUAAGGCCAAAGCUCACCCUCCCAAUCUUCCUGAGGAUAAUGGCGCUUGGUUUCCUUGAGCCGGUGUUGGAUCAGAACUUAUAUUACGUGGGGAUGAAGUCGACGUCGGCAACUUUUGCUUCAGCAACCGUUAAUGUCCUCCCGGCCAUCACGUUCAUCAUGGCACUCGUCUUCAGGUUAGAGAGGGUAAACGUAAAGAAGAUUCAGAGCCUGGCUAAAGUGAUCGGGACAGCGGUGACUGUUGGCGGAGCAAUGGUGAUGACGCUGUACAAAGGCCCCAUCGUCGACAUUGUACGGUCGGGUGGAACAAGCCACCACCACGCAGGUGGCGGGACCGCCAACGGUUCGGCUGACCCACAUUGGGUCACUGGCACGCUCAUGCUCCUAGGCAGCUGCUGCGGUUGGUCCGGCUUCUUUAUACUGCAGUCGUUUACGUUGAAGAAGUACCCAGCAGAGCUCUCACUGACAGCACUCAUAUGCUUGAUGGGAACCGUGGAAGGCGCAGCGGUGACGCUCGUAAUGGAGCACGACAUGAGCGUCUGGCAAAUCGGCUGGGACUCUAGGCUGGUCGCCGCUGUGUAUACCGGGGUGGUUUGCUCCGGGAUAGCAUAUUACGUGCAAGGAGUAGUGAUCAGGGAGAAAGGGCCAGUGUUCGUCACGUCUUUUAGCCCGCUUUGCAUGAUCAUCACCGCCGCUCUCGGCGCCAUUGUGUUAGCUGAGAAGAUUCACCUUGGAAGCAUCAUCGGGGCAAUUUUCAUCGUGUUUGGUCUUUACACCGUGGCGUGGGGUAAGAGCAAAGACCAUCGAGCUGAGUCGACGCCAUUGAUCCCAGAUGAGAAAGUUUCGACCUCCGAAUUGCCGAUCACUGAUGUUAGGUCGAGCAACGGAGAGCAUAGAGUCUACAAACAAGUUGACAUACCGACAAUUCCGGGAAAAAAUCACCUCCAACAGGAGUCUUAAUACUUCUGAUAUCACAAAAUCUCAUGUCGGAUAAUGUUUGCCUGUGCAACUCUCUCUCUCUCCCUCUCUCAACAAAAAAGGAAUUCGAAAUAUGUAGCAUUCAAUGUGAUCCUUUCUUUUUUCGUGUUUGAGCCUGGCAUAUAGAACCGGUAAACUAAUGAAGAUGAUCUCUCGAUUUUAUGUGGAUUAAUGUUCUUGGACCCGAUGUAUGUUUGAUUCUAGCGAGAGAAUCUGUUGGAA